CGUCGCGUCGCCGCGCCGGGUCUUGAGCAGCUGCCAGAGCCGCCGUGCGGACCGCCGCCCCCGCCGCGCCAUGGCCGAGAGCGACUGGGACACCGUGACGGUGCUGCGCAAGAAGGGCCCGACGGCCGCGCAGGCCAAGUCCAAACAGGCCAUCUUAGCAGCUCAGAGACGAGGAGAAGAUGUGGAGACAUCCAAGAAAUGGGCUGCUGGUCAGAACAAGCAGCAUUCCAUCACCAAGAACACGGCCAAGCUGGACCGAGAGACAGAGGAGCUGCACCAUGACAGGGUGACCCUGGAGGUGGGCAAAGUGAUUCAGCGGGGCCGGCAGAGCAAUGGCCUGACACAGAAGGACCUGGCCACGAAAAUCAAUGAAAAGCCGCAAGUCAUCGCAGACUAUGAGAGUGGAAGAGCCAUCCCGAACAACCAGGUUUUGGGCAAAAUUGAGAGAGCCAUCGGCCUCAAGCUUCGGGGGAAGGACAUCGGGAAGCCUAUUGAGAAGGGUCCGAAGGCAAAAUGAACACAAAGCCUCGAAGCCAGUGGUUCCGGCUGAGCUCUUCUGGCUGGUCCUCUGGGACCACCAGCACUGCCGUGGGUCUCCUCAUGGCUGAGCGGAACAUGGGGGUCAGGCUUGUGGGCCCCCUCCACCCAUACCUGCUGUCAAACAAAGCAAAACCUUGCAAA